GCGCUGCAUGCUGGGAGGCCUCUGCUGGGUUGAUUAGCGCCUGCGCAGCCCCGCCUCUUCCUUUUCGCAAACAGAGAGACGGACGAGAUGGGUCACCAGCAGCUGUACUGGAGCCACCCGAGGAAGUUCGGGCAGGGAUCCCGCUCCUGCCGUGUGUGCUCUAACAGACAUGGACUGAUCCGCAAAUACGGGCUGAACAUGUGCCGUCAGUGCUUCAGGCAGUACGCCAAGGACAUUGGCUUCUGUAAGUUGGAUUAAGCAGAUUCCAGUUUGGACAAGAUCUAUGGCCGCGUUCUAGAAAUCUUUGUGUCUGCACCAUGAGAAGACUUGUGCGGCCGAACACCCUCAUCUGUGCAGAAAUAAAUUGGUUCAGUUGUCACUA